AUGCCGUCAUCUGGUCGAAACACUCCAACAACGACAAUGAAAUUGGAACGAUCAUCGUCGCUGACGAGUUUCUCUGAAGAAACUGAAGAAAAUGCAGAAGCGACACCGAAAAGACAACGAAAAGUGCGCGUCGGAAAAGCGUAUCGUGGACGAAUGAGUCUUGGGGCAAGGACAGCGACACUCAAUUUGAAAGGUGAACAGCGGCGAAAGUCUCGACAAAAUAAGAUUAUCGAUGAUGAGAUUGAGUACGAUUAUUUGCCAAGCACUAGCACUCAAAAUUCGCAGCGACUCUCGACGAGUGAUCUCCUCGAUUCAUCGACGAAACGUGAUGGCGACAAUCGAUUGUUCAAUUGUUUACCUGUUGAGGAAAAUCAAGAAAUGAUCUCGCCGAGUCCGUCAACGAGACGAAUGAGUGUCACAAGCUCUUCAGUCGCUAUCGAUUCAUCGAUAAGCGAAGGAACACAUGCAAUUGGAGACGUUGAAAGGAAACGAUUAUAUAAUGAAUUGUAUACUUUAAUCGAAAGGGACACUCAAGCAUCGAAUCUUGUCGUCAAUCAAACAAAAGCAAAAGUGAAAAGUGAACAUAUUUUCUCGUUUACAAAAGAUGGAAAAGAGGAACGGCACAAACUUGGUGAUUAUCUAUGGCUUGUGUUAAAGGCGUAUUUUGCGGGAAAAGACGUUCGCGGUCAUUUCGACCCGGCAAUGGUCUAUGAUCCGCAAAUUUGUCAACUUCGCUCCGAGAAAUUCGUGAUUUUGCCGAAAAUUCUCGACUUUCGAUUGGAACACGAUUAUCGGGAGUCGAUUCACCUCACCGAUCUCUACUUGAAUUCUUUCGUGAAACAGCGUGAACGAGUCAUUCAAAUUCUUGAGGAAUUCGACAACUUUUCCUCGCUUUUCCCUCAUCGGAAAGCUCUGGAGAAUUUGUGUCAACAAAAAGGCGCACAAAUGGAAAUGAUUGAUGAGCGGAUUGAUUUAUUGAUGGCAUGGCUGAAUACAGCGAAUCAAUUGUGUGAGAAGAUUGAGCAAUUCGGGCAAAUGCUGAGUGUCAGUCAGAGCACUGAAGGCUCUCGUGGCUGGCCUCGUCCAUUUCAUGGGAUCGCUCCCGCCAAUCCGGAAAGUGCAAAUCAAAUUGUUGGCUCAUUUGUCAAAGAAAUGUUGACAGUGAAAGGGAUGAAGCGAGUGCUUGUUAGGGUCUCGAAUAUGUGCGAAGAGUUGUUGCUGAGGGCGACGAUUCUCCUCCAACAACCGGCUGGUUCGUAUGCGAGAGCGGCUGGCACACAAAGGACUCUCAUCCCAAUGACUGAUUUUAUGCGUGAAAAGUACGGUGAUAAAGUGCGCGGUUGUCUCUGGAAUGGUCGUUCGAUCGAGAUGAAUCUUCCCUCACUCCUACCGCUUUUCAUCUUCGUUUUGGGGAUACGUGUGCAAAUGGUUCUAGAAUGGCUGAAGAUCAGAGUUGUGGACAAGUUGCCGGAUGGAGCUGAAAUGGAUUUGUUGACGUUGAAAACCUUUGUCGAAGAGUCUCGAGAUUGUAUCGAGGAAGCGGUUAGGAUAAAGAGAGAUUACCUUAAUCGUAUCGCGUACACUUGUCAAGAUGCGCACGAUGUUCUCGAUCCAACCUAUGAUCAAUUAUUGGUCGAUGUAUUCAAGAACUAUCGCUUUUUCGUCUCUCAACUCGCCGCAGCUUUCGUUCAGCCGAAUCCGUGUCUCUUCAACAAUUUGGAAGUACAAUGGACAGCUGCUUGGACAUGUGCCCCGUUUAUCGACAAUGGAAUCGAAGCGCUCACCACGUCGUUUUGUGACAUUCUCUGUUCGACGAUGAAAAAAGUGGUGAUCGAUUUCUGGGAAGAUGGAGUGCUGAAAAUAACUGAGGGGAUUGAUGAUGGAUCGAUGGAAAGUGGAGGUGGAAGUGAUGGAGAAGGGAGUGCACAGGGCAGUCUCAAUGAGAGAGAGAUUCGUCGACGCCGUCAAUUGAACAUGUUAGUGAGAGAAGCACAAGAAAGAGCAUCGAGAACAUUUCAAGUGAUUAAAACAAUGAUCUCCUCUUUGAUGACUUCUUCGUGCUUUGUUUCGAUGGCCGAUGAUCGAACGGUGGCUCGAUCGUUGAGAGAUCAUGUGCUGAUCAACAUCAUGAGUACAGAAGAAAGAAAGACCAAUCCGAUCGAUUUCCCGAUUUCUCUUUUAUCUCGUCCAAUCGAUCACGGCACACUUCUCCAUUUGAUCAAUACCGUUUUCGAGAGCUCAUCUCCAGAUCCACCGACUUAUUUGAUUGUGCUACCAAUUUCCUAUUCGAAUUUCUCGAGUAUUUGGGGCGGUGAAAGAGCCACGCUUAGUGUAUCACCGAAAAUCGUGCACAAUUUAUUGCAGUUAAGGAGAGAUCGCGUUGUUGUCAUCGGUGACAUGUGCGAGCCAUUGCAUAAACGUGAUCCACAAGUUUUCCGACAUUGCAGCAAGAAUUCAGCCACUCAUUCGCACAUUCAUCAACUGAUGGUCGAUUUUGCGACUCGUCUAAACGAUUUCUCGCAAACAGUCUCUGAGAAAGUCUAUGAUGUGAUUACGCACAGGAGUUUCGGUGAAUCGGGCAGUCGACGUGCGGCUCAUUCGACUUUGUUGACAAUGUUUAAUUUCUCCUUUCACUUCUAUCGCGAAGUGUGUCGUAUCGUCUGGGAGGUGCACGAGUUGAGGAUCGAUUUUGCUGAGAGAUGCGUCAAAUUGUUGGAGAGAUGGCGCGAACUCGUGCCAAUGGCCGACCCACCUCGGUCGCAAAAUAUCCCAGUUUGGGCGAAAAUCGCGUUCAAUUUCAUGCUUCACAUCGCCGAAUUGCAAUGGACACAACAUAUGAGUGACUCGGUUUUUGAGCGUUUCCGUGCUGUGCUCGAUUUUUCCCGUCGAGAAAUCAUUGGUGGACGAGAUUUGGGUGAUAUGAGAGCGAUUCGACGCACGACGAGUGAAAGGGACAGUGGAUAUAUUUCUCCCCGAUCUGCGCCACAAACGCAAUUCGAUCGUGCUGAACGUUUGCGAGCAGCCGCCAUGAAGCUCGAUUCGGAUGUGGAAAAGAGACAAGUUGAGAAAGGGAUUCUUAAAGUCGGUCUUGUUGUUCCGAAUAGUCGUCCGAAAUUCACGGAAAAUGGCUAUCAAGAGACACGAAAAGUCCCAUUUCAAUGGCAAUUAUUAGAGAAAAUUGCGGAAGGGAAUUUCGGUGAAGUGCAUAAAGCGUUGAAUGUCGAUAAAGGAUGUGUGAUUGCGGUGAAGAAGAUUCGAGCGAGAGGUGCUGAGAAAUUGAAGAUACUCGAAGGCGAAGUGGACAUUCUGCGAAACUUGUCUCAUAAGAAUCUCGUGAAAUAUUACGGAAUGGAAGUACAAGGAGAUGAAGUGCUUCUAUUGAUGGAGUAUUGUGCUGAAGGGACAUUGGAGAAGAUUUGUCGAGAGGGAAUGGAUAUGGCGUUGGUGAGGAGAUACACGAAUCACCUGCUGCAAGCUGUUGAAUACAUUCACGAUAAUCGUGUCAUCCAUCGAGACAUCAAACCCGCGAAUAUCUUUCUCGAUUUAUCCUGUGUUCUAAAACUUGGUGAUUUCGGCAGCUCGAUUCGUUUAAGCACAAAUAUGACGAUUGGGGGAGAGUUCCACGAAAUGUCUGGCACUCCAAGUUAUAUGGCUCCCGAGACAUUCACUGGAGGGCAAGUGAUCGCUUUGGAUGAGAAUGGAGCAAAAACAUAUCGAGGAUAUGGAAGAGCGGUUGAUAUUUGGAGUAUUGGAUGUGUCGUUUUGGAAAUGGUGACCGGUCGCCGCCCGUGGGACAAAUGCGAUAUGUACCAAAUCGCUUUGUGGUUGGGCAACAGGAAACGACCAGCCUAUCCGAACAAUUGCCCGCCAAUUUUGAGACAUUUCCUCGAUCUUUGCCUCGACUUCGACGAUCGAAACCGGCCAAACGCUCGAGCUAUGCUGAACGAUCCGUUUGUAAAUAUACACAUUGACCCACAAGGAACGAUCGAGCGGCGGCUUUUUAUG